AUGAAUAACCUAGGAGCACCUGGUACAGGUCGAGGUAGGGACCUAGGAGUACCCAAUCAGACGGGUCAAGGUCAGUAUUCUCAUAUGUCUAAUACAGACCUAGGAGUACCCCAGCAAGAGGGUCGAGGUCAGUAUCUAGUUAUCCCUGAUCGUGAAGGUCAAGGUCUUAACCUAGAAGCACCCAACUAUGAGGGUCGAGGUUCUGACCUAGGAAUGCCCGAUCGUAAUGGACAAUGCCACGACGCAGGAGUGCCCGGAACAUCAGGCCGGCGAGAUUAUUCAAGUUCGAGACAGAAUUAUGAGCGUCCCGCAGAUGAUGAUCUACGGUCGAGACAAAAUAAAAGAAGAAGACGCUACAACUCUUCACCCGAAGAGUCUGAUUAUAUCAGACACGAUCGUACAAAUACUCAAAUAAAAAUGGCACCAAACGAGAACAAAUGCAAAGGAUGCCGUCAUAAUAUAACUACUAAGGAGUUAUUGACGUGUUUUGCGUGUACUUCUAAAUACGACUUACUGUGCGCAAAUGUGGGUUUAAAACGUUUUAACUUAAUGGAUAAGGAACAAAAGCUAAACUGGAGGUGCCCUGAAUGUCGCAGUCAGCUACCUAAGACAGACAAUACGAAUACGCCAAUACGCCUACCCUCGCAAUUAGUCCAUACAAGUACUAUCAGUGAUGCCUCUGUUUCUGACGACAUCGAAACGAGAAAUGUUACUCAACGAUCAAAACCGAAAGAGGAUAUCACAAAAAAAUACAUUACAGAGGAGUCGCUUAGAAAGAUAGUGCAGGAAGAACUGUCAUGCGUAUUUGAAGAAAAACUAAAUAAAUUGAUUUCUGAACAAAUUAAAACUAUUAACAUUCGUUUUGCUGAACUCUCCGAGUCUAUAUCGUUUUUCAAUAAACAGUAUGAAGAAUUGAAGACUAUUGUUGAGGGGAAGACUGUUAUAAUAUCCGAGUUGCAUAAAGACAGUGAUAUUCUAAAAUCAAGCAUUAAAGAUCUUUCCCACAGACUCUAUUUGGCUGAACAAAGUAUGAGAGAAUCAAACUUGGAAAUAAACGGAAUACCGGAAAACAGAGCUGAGAAUUUAUACAACGUUAUCUCUCAAAUAUCAAAAACUGUGAAUUGCCCCAUCGAAAUGAAUGAUAUAAACCAUAUUUCUCUUGUUGCAAAGCUGGAUAAAGAAAAGAAUCGCCCAAGAACCGUUAUUGUAAAACUACGCAGUCCUCAGCACCGCGACCGUUUUUUGGCUGCUGUUGCUAAAUUCAACAGGAAUAAUCCAAAAGACAAACUUUCAACACUUCAUCUUGGUAUGGCCGCCCCUGUGAAACCAGUAUUUGUUGCUGAACACCUGACACCUAUAAACAAAUCAUUACAUGCUGCUGCUCGCCUAAAAGCGAAGAAAGAAUCUUUUAAGUUUGUUUGGGUUCGCAAUGGCCUACUUGAUUAUGUCACAACCGGCCCCACUCCGAUAGAAGCGGGGACGGAGCGACGACUAGGCUCAUCGCUCCGUCCACUCGGACAUUCUGUUAGAGACCUCCGUACGGGUCGGUCGUUAGAAAACUACUAUCGUUACGCUGCUACUUUUUUUAUAAAUUAG